AUGCCUCUCUUCUCAUCCCCCAAGAGGGACUUGAGUGAAGAGCGCGGCGAAAGGCGACCGAACGGCGCAAAUGGCGCUGCCUAUGAUCCCCAAGAUGGUGAACGAGCUAUUCCAGAUGAGCAUACUCGGCUGCUCCCAAAUCGCGUCGAUUCGACUCAGGCCGGUUAUCUUGCCCCCGAUGAUCCCGCAGUCUCUCCCUACAAUCUAUGGAGCAUUCGCGCUCUGCGAUACUUGACCAUUGCCUUUACAUUGAUAACUCUCGUCUGGUGGAUCCUGCUUCUUGUGUCUACCUUCGUGACGCCACCUGGUAUCGGAACUCGCGGUAGUCCCUGGUUCGCCUUUGGCUUCGCAACAUGGACGCUCGUGAACCUCACCUUUACUCUUCUGUUCUUUGAGGUACCAUCAAAGUCCGUAAGAAUUUUGGCCAUCUUCCUGUCGGGUAUUAUCCUCCUUGAUGUGGUUCUCAUCUUGUCUGUGCAAAAGACUCGAUAUGAGGAGAGCUGGGUUGGCGCCACUAGUGUCAUCUGGGCUCUGCUCACCAGCCUCUGGACUCUGUUGGUUGAUCGCACCGUGAAAUGGGGCAAGGCCGAGGAAGAGCAGCGAUUGACCGGCCGAGCUGAGACCCGAAGAACUCUUUUCGAGUGGUCCGAGGUGAUGAUCUCAACUGUUGCCUAUGCCAUCAUGUCAGUAGCUGUGUUCCUCAUCACAUUGACCAUUAUCCUCCGAGCCCUCGACGCAGGUGUGUCACACCCAGGAAAGCUGCACUUGGUCGACAACGGCAAAUACCGCAUUCACGUUUACUGCCACGGCAACAAGACCGAUUCCAAGGGUAACGAGCUGCCUACCGUUCUGUUCGAGGCUGGCGAGCGAACUGUCGAAUACGAAUUUUGGAACUUUGCCGACAACGCCGUCAAGAAUGGAUCCAUCUCACGAUAUUGCUUUGCCGACCGUCCUGGCUACGGCUGGUCAGACAAUGCACCAUCACCUUCAUCAGCAGGCUUCGUAGUCGACACACUCAGCGAGGCUCUUGCCAGCGCUGGUGAGAGCGGACCUUGGAUUCUUGCAAGUGCUGGCAUUGGAUCGAUCUAUUCGAGAGUCUUUUCGGCCCGCCAUGGAGAUCAUGUCAAAGGUCUGCUCCUCGUCGAUCCCCUUCAUGAGGAUCUCCUCGACGAAGUCGCAUCGCCCGGUCGCGGAUUCAUUCUUUGGCUCUGGGGCGUUAUUUCUCCACUCGGCUUGGACCGACUGCCUGGUGCUGUCUUUCGCGGACGAACAAGCCGAGACCGAGUUUACGGACGAUCAGCUCAACAAAAUGGCAAGUUCAUCUUUGCCAAGUUGCAGGAAAGCCUCGUGGCCGGCUCCUUCACCCGACGAGAUGCGCAGACCAGCCGUCAAAUCCAGGACAAGGAUACCCCGCUUGUUGUCAUCAGCUCCGGAAAGCACAUCAAAGAUAGCCAUACAUGGGAGAAGAAGCAGCGCGACUUGACGAAGCUGACCAAGAACUUGAAGAGCUGGGACAUUGUCGACGGGGCGCCUCACGAGGUCUGGAAUACCCUUGAAGGCCGACAGAAGAUUGAGAAGAGACUCAAAGAGUUGGUGCAUGCUUGA